UCCAUGGUAGUGACUUCAUGUUAAUGAUUGCUAUAUCCAAUUCAUUGUAGUUUAUUGUGCCUUCUAUGUGAUAAGAGUGCCUAAAAAUGAAUAAGAAGUGUGCCAGGUGUGAUAAAACGGUUUAUCCUAUCGAAGAACUUAAAUGUUUAGACAAAAUAUGGCAUAAACAGUGUUUCAAAUGCCAAGUUUGUGGGAUGACACUAAACAUGAGAAAUUACAAGGGGUUUAAUAAGGAUCCGUACUGUGAAGCGCAUAUUCCUAAAGCUAAAGCCACCACAGUUGCCGAAACGCCAGAAUUGAAACGAAUUGCCGAAAAUACCAAAUUACAAUCAAAUGUUAAAUAUCAUGCAGAGUUUGAAAAAACUAAAGGCAAACUUACACAAGUAGCUGAUGAUCCUGAGACGUUAAGGAUAAAACAGAACUCGAAAAUUAUAAGCAAUGUGGCUUAUCAUGGCGAUCUUCAGAAAAAAGCAGCUAUGGAGCAGAAAAGAAAUAUAAAUGGUGAACAGAUUGAAAUUGCUGGAAGUGAUGCUGAGAAUAUGAAUGUAAGACAAAGCGAUUAUGCACCGCCUGCACAAAAACCGACCAGAGAUUUCAGUAAUGUUCAGUCUGCUAAUACUACAAAUAAUUCACCUUAUUCUGCUAGGCAAACAUCUACUGUAAUAUACACCUCCGAGCGAGGGGCUGUUAACAGCCCUGCCGGGCGGCACAUUGGUUCCAUCGCAGACCUAGAUCCAGUUAAUAAUUAUUACGGCUCGUUGAGCUCAGCAAAUACUACAGCUCCUCCUCCUCCUCCUGAACAGUUACAGCGUCAUCGUGGUCGAGGGAGGGUAUACAGGGCAAUGUAUGAUUACGAAGCUCAGGAUGGUGAUGAAGUUUCGUUCUUAGACGGCGACUUGAUUGUAGAUUGUGUAUCCGUCGAUGCUGGUUGGAUGACAGGGAUCGUUCAAAGGACUGGACAAGUUGGGAUGCUUCCUGCAAACUACGUGGAACCUGCUCUUUGAACAUUGCCGAUUAUUAUUUUAAUCCAGAUAUUUAAAAUAACUAUUUUCUUUUUAAGUUGACGCUUUCAAGAGCCUAACACAAAGGACUAGGAGCAAAUAUUUCAAUUCAAACGCUCCCUCAUGUGCGUUAUUAGAUUUUCGUCUUUCCAUUUUCAUCAACUAAGAUGAAGCAAAAUUUGCUGACUACAGAGAUGAACCUCUUAUUUAUUGUAGUUAUAAUCUCUGGAUGUUAAAGACAUGACUUUUUUUUUUUUUAACUUACAGCUGUCUAUUAGUUUCAGAUUCAAAUUAGUACGUUUCAGAUUUAUGCUACUUUUUAAUGUUAAAGAAUAACGAUGGAUUAUAAGUGUACUAUAUACGCUAACAACUAAUUACAAAUUUAAAGAAGUGAAAUGAUAAAAAAUAUACAUUCAAUUACUGAAUUUUAUUAAUAUUUCUUUUUAUAUAUGACAAUCUUAUUUUUAUAAGUAAAGUUAACGGCACAAAUUUUUAAAUUAUUUUACUUGUGUUUUGUGUAUUUAUAUUUAUUUGUAUUUUUAAAUCUUUGGAAAAGUAUUGUUUUUAAAACAUUAAGAAAUUAAAUACAUAAUUUUAGGUGAAACUAAUGAGACUGCGUUCCAUUCGGUUUUAUUAAUAAUAGAUUUUAAGUCACUGUUACUUGCCAUUUCCUGCUAUUGUAUUUCUGUUGAUUUUGUAAUUUUAUGUUUCGUUGGGUCAGAUCUUUGUUUAAUCAGAUUGUGUGUUCGACAUUAACCAUUUAUGUUCUAGUUUAAUGGCAUGCUUGCUAUAACUUAAUUAAAUGUAUUUUAAUUUAUUAAAUUUUUAAUUUAGUUUUUUUUCUUUUAUGUUUUAAAAUUUUCAUUUGUACCUAAGAAUGGAGCAGUAUGUACAUCACUGGUUAAUUAUUAAUAUAGAGUCAUAAGUCAUUAAUUGGAGUAAAAAAAAAAAGAAAGAAAUUUUACAUUGUUUGAUUUCAAACAUGAAAAUGUUUAUGCUGGUUUGUUGUCAAACAUUAAAAGAAAAAUCGAUUUCCUAAUUGUUAUGAUUAGAGAUAUUUUGUUAAAAAGAAUUAUAUAUAUUGACCAACAUUAGAUAUAAAUAAAGUAUUGAUGAGGAGGGCUUCCAAGUUAUAACUAUACUAACUGCAUUAAUAAUCUUUCAAAGUAAAUUUAAAUAUAAAAUAAUAUUUAAAUAUCAUGUUUUUACGCUUAUUUCCAAGAAUUAAUAACAAGGUGUGUAAAUUUUACCAUCUUGAAAAGUAAGCAUGUUGCCAUAUUACUUAUCAUGCAGCCCAAAUUUUCUUUAGGUUUUCUUUUUUUAUUAUUAUAACCCAGAUAGAAAGUCAGAUUUAUUAUACAUACAAUUGAUUCUUCGUAGUUAACAUAUUGUGAUAUAUACUUACUAUUGUAUAAGAUUAAAUUAUAUAUAUAUUAAUUGGGUUGUAGAAUAUUGAAAUUCAGGCUUUAAAAAACUAAUUUUUAUUUUGAAUAUAUAUAUUUUGCAUUUCAUAGUUACAAUAAUAAUUCAUCAUUUUAUUAUUGUUUUUAUUUAUACUUCUGUCAAAAAGACAUCCAACUGCACUAUAAAAAUUUAAUUUUUUUCUUGAUUGAUAAAGUUAUGAGCUAAUAUAUAAUUUUUUAAGGCCAGAUUGACUAAGCAAACAUGUACUAGUCUUUUAUAGAAUAUUCAUUAUUGUAAUAAAGCUCAAAUAAUUCAGUAUUAAAAGUUACUUAUUAACCUUAAGGCAGGCUCCACAUAUCUAUUAAAUCAGGCCAUAAAGCUGUAAUCACAUAUGUGCAUAUUUUUUAAAAUUUCUUGACUAAUUCGUACCUGACCCACCCUCUCCAUUUUUAUUGUAUUUUUGAUAUAAAUUUGUUUACAAAUGUCAGAUGAUAAUUACUUCAUUUUACUCUUAACUUUUUGUGAACAUCAAUCUAAAAAAAAAAAUUGAUCUUUCUUUUUCCAUGUGCCUGAAUGUGUUAUGAUUACACUCGAUAGUUUUUUAUUUUGAAUAAAUUCUAUUUUGGAGUAAGUAAUAAAUUGUAAAUAAGCUCAUAACUUGGGCACAAUUGUCUUUUUGAUCCAGUUGUAACUCCCCUCUAUUUUUCUUUUACUUAUUCAAAGAGUCUCUCAUAUUUUUAUUAUUCAUAAAGAAAUAUUUUCAUGGAAUUGUAUUUACUUUGCUAUAGUGUUAAUAUUUUCUUCCAUUUCCCAGGUAAAACUCAGAACUGUUAAUGAGUUACCAAUUUACAUUGUUCAUUAAUUUGUUUUUUAUUUUAGUGUGUUUUUAUUAUUUCUUAAAAGAAAAAAAAAAUCUUCCAUUGUUUAUGCUUUGGUUGGUAAAUAAUAGCUUUAAAUUUAUUUGUUAGUUCAAAUUUUUUUAAAUUUGUAUCUUAACAAUUGUUAGUUGAUGAGCAUAAUUUAAAUUUUUACUUUUACAUUGAACAAUAUUAUAAAUGUUGUAUUAUUAGUUUUAGAUGACAAGGUUUUAGAUAUUUUUUGUUUCAAAAUUUAUUUAAUGCAAAACCGUGUUUAGUUUAAAUAAUUAAAAUUUUAUUGUGGAUGCGUUAGAGGAUACGUUAUCUUGUUUACAGCACCUGUUUUAACGGUCAUUCCAGAGCCUCACAUAUGGGUCCAUCUGAUGCAUUUAAAAGAAAUGAAUGUUUGACAUUCCUUUUUCUAUGAAUGAGUGUUAUCAGCCUAUUUUUGAAUGAUAAAAAGGUUUGUUAUGUAUAUUUUUUAUACUUCUUUUUAUAUAUAUAUAUAAUGACAUAACUAAUGUUGUUUGUUAAAAGAUGUUAUUAAGUCUGUAAACUUUAGAACUAACAUUACAAUUGUAAUACAGUUUACUAUCAUUGUUUAGUGCCUUAACUGUAAAAUAAAGCAAUAUUACAAACUG